GGGGGGGUGGGGAGUGAUGCGGCGGGGGGGACGGUGACGGACGAGGGAAGCGCGGGUCGUUCGGUGGUGACGCCGGACGCGACGGCGCGGGCGGGGAAACCGGACGAGGCGAAAAAGCGAGAGGUCUCGGUGUCCAUCCUCACCAAGGAUGGGACGUACGAUCCGUUCGACGAGGACGAGCGCGCGGUUGGGUUCGAGGUGGAGGGAUCGGUGUAUAAGCCGAAAGUGUCGACGUGGGGGGUGUUCGAGCGACCGCCGGAUAUUUCCAAGACGUACGGCGGCGGACGAACGAUUAAGAGGGAGGAGCUCGAGGACGAGGAGGCGAUUCAACGGCGGCGAGCGCGCGUGGCGAAGAAAUUGGCGAAAUAUAGAGAGGAUCAAGGCAUGAACAUGCGGCCCGCGGAGAUGGAGGCGGCGCAGGCGGCGCUCACGCAAGCCGAAGAGGCGAUCAGGCAAGGAUACAUGCUCGACGCGCUCGAGAUACUCGAGCCUUGGGCUCUCGAGCGCAUGCCUCCCAAGACGGAGCUCGGCGGGAAGAUGAUAUUUAACUACGCCCUGUGCCUGGAUAACGUCCAGCGACGAGAUGAGGCGAUGAAGCAGUAUCGUCGUUGCAUCGGGAACCAGUACGGAACCGUUUCCAAGCAGGCGGAUCGCAUGUUGUGGGGGAUGACGACGGCUUCGAAGAAGAUGAAAGCGGAUCUGUUCGAUUACAUGGACGCGGCGAAGCUGGACGCGUACGAUGAGUACUUGAUCAAGAUGGCGAACGAAAAGUUUGCCGGCGAUAUCGAUGAAGAGGAGGUUCGAGAGUUGAACACGCAGGCUGUUGUCGCGAUGCUCGCUCUCUUCGGAACGCCCGCGCUAUUCCUCGCCUAUCUAACGAUGCAGUGA